AUGACUGUAAACGAGUGGAUGAGCGGGUCUGCGGGCACGAAGACUCACGCGUUGGCCAUCACCAGAGACUACAUAUCGCAACCACGUCUCACAUACAAGACAGUGACCGGAGUGAACGGUCCACUCGUCAUCCUCGACGACGUCAAGUUUCCCAAGUUUUCAGAGAUCGUUAAACUAGUUCUCGCCGACGGAACCGCUCGCACCGGACAAGUGCUCGAAGUGAGCGGCUCUAAGGCCGUCGUCCAGGUCUUUGAAGGCACCUCUGGUAUCGAAAGUUUCCCAAAGAUCGUUAAACUAGUUCUCGCCGACGGAACCGCUCGCACCGGACAAGUGCUCGAAGUGAGCGGCUCUAAGGCCGUCGUCCAGGUCUUUGAGGGCACCUCUGGUAUCGACGCCCGGCAUACUGUCUGCGAGUUCACAGGCGAUAUUUUGCGGACUCCAGUGUCGGAGGACAUGUUGGGCCGCAUCUUCAACGGUUCCGGUAAACCCAUAGAUCGCGGGCCACCAGUUCUGGCCGAAGACUAUCUCGACAUCCAGGGUCAGCCCAUUAAUCCCGAAUCGCGUACAUAUCCCGAGGAGAUGAUCCAAACGGGCAUUUCUGCCAUCGAUGUCAUGAAUUCUAUAGCCAGAGGACAGAAGAUCCCAAUCUUUUCGGCUGCGGGUCUUCCGCACAAUGAGAUCGCGGCGCAGAUCUGCCGACAGGGAAGUCUUGUGAAGCAUUCGGGCAGUGAUAUAGUGGACGACAACUUCGCCAUUGUAUUCGCCGCUAUGGGAGUCAAUAUGGAAACGGCGCGCUUCUUCAAACAGGACUUCGAGGAGAACGGAUCCAUGGAAAACGUGUGUCUUUUCCUCAACUUAGCCAACGACCCAACCAUUGAACGCAUUAUUACUCCGCGUCUGGCGCUGACGGCCGCCGAGUUCUUGGCCUAUCAGUGCGAGAAACACGUUCUCGUCAUUCUCACCGAUAUGUCCUCUUAUGCCGAAGCCUUACGUGAAGUGUCGGCGGCUCGUGAAGAGGUUCCCGGUAGACGUGGUUUCCCCGGAUACAUGUACACAGAUUUAGCCACCAUUUACGAAAGGGCGGGUCGUGUGGAGGGCCGCACGGGCUCUAUCACUCAAAUUCCGAUCUUAACGAUGCCUAACGAUGACAUUACUCACCCCAUCCCUGAUUUGACGGGUUAUAUCACUGAAGGACAGAUUGCUAUCGACCGACAGCUGCACAACAGACAGAUCUAUCCACCGAUUAAUGUGUUGCCGUCUUUGAGUCGUCUCAUGAAGUCUGCCAUUGGAGAGGGAAUGACACGUAAGGAUCACGCGGACGUCUCUAACCAGUUGUACGCGUGCUAUGCUAUCGGCAAAGACGUACAGGCGAUGAAAGCUGUGGUCGGAGAGGAGGCGCUCACUCCCGAAGACUUGUUGUAUUUGGAAUUCUUAGGAAAGUUUGAGAAGAACUUCAUAUCACAGGGCAAUUAUGAGAACCGAACUGUUUUUGAGUCGUUGGACAUCGGAUGGCAAUUGCUUAGGAUAUUCCCCAAAGAGAUGUUGAAACGUAUUCCUCAGUCAACUUUGGCUGAGUUCUAUCCGCGACAGACAGGCGCCGGACCCGCAGCCGUCGCUUCAAACAAAAAGCAAUAAAUUGACGAUUAAUUCCAUUAUAUUUUUAUCCAAUUAUGUGUGGGUUUAAGGAUUCCAAUACUAGUCGAGAGUUUAUUGAUUUUAAUAAUCAUUUCAUUAAUUCAAUUCCAGCCAAGAAUUCAAUAAUUAUAACGUUAUAUAUCUUUAAAUGAAUUAAAUAAUACAUGAGUAUUAAACACUUACUGAAUGUUUAGUCUGUAAUUAUGAUUAUUACAGUCUAUUGUUGUAAAC